UUAAGUCAACAAACAUGGCCGACGAUGGCGAGAAGGUUGCACGAAAACAAAGAGGUCGCUACCGAGAAUACAUGCGUCAUUCUAAUCCAUACAAAUUUCCAGCGGCAAGAAGACGAAAAGGCAACCUCUAUAAAGCGAAACAAUCAUCAACUGGUACACGAAAUGAUUUAAACAAAUGCGAUGUUGAAGAAAUGAUUCCCGACACGCGACAUGCACAGCCUCUUUGUACUGGCGAUCCUGCUGAAAUAUUCGAAGCAGAAACAAACAGCAUGAUUUUAGGUGAAGACUGCAGCUAUUUUCAAGUGCAAGACAUGGAAGAUUCAAGCACAUUUGGAUUGGAAGAAGAAAAUAAUUCGAGGAUAAGCGGAGACGAAUUUGAACUGUUUGAUUCCGCGGAUACUAACACUUUUGAACAAUUUGUCAAAGACGAGGAUGCUUGCUCGGACAUUUUCAGUGACUGUGAAAACCCUGAUGAAAUAGACACUGAAUGCAUUCCAGAACAUUGUGGAGCAGAAUCAGAUGACAUGCUAUAUUCGGGAGCUCCAAUCACAAGUAACUCAAGUGUUGUGUUGUUGCUAUCUUUCGUGUUUAAGCACAAGCUUACACGUGAAGCAUUCAAUGAUUUGCUUGCAGUAAUAGAGGCUCACUGUCCCCGGCCUAACAACUGCAAGACAACAGUAAACAACCUGUUCCAAUUUCUGAGCAGAGCGAAGGGAAAUGUUGUCAAGCAUUACUUCUGUGGUUUCUGCAAGGCAUAUUAUGGCAAAGAUGUCAAAGGAAACUGUACCAUUUGUGGCAAAAGCAUCCAAAACAACGGUGGAUUCUUCAUUGAAGUGCCUAUUGAAAAUCAGCUGCUUAAGUUUUUCUCUGAUUCAGAAUUUGUUGAUGGACUAAAGUACCGAUUUCACCGAGUUAAGAGGGCUGAAGCCUUAUUACAUUAAAUUUUCGC